AUGGCUUCGUUUUUUAACUGGGUGGGUAGGAGGGACACACGGCACAGGUGGGCACACGGCACAGGAGGGACACACGGCACAGGAGGGACACACGGCACAGGAGGGACACACGGCACAGGUGGGCACACGGCACAGGAGGGACACACGGCACAGGAGGGACACACGGCACAGGAGGGACACACGGCACAGGUGGGCACACGGCACAGGAGAGACACACGGCACAGGAGGGACACACGGCACAGGAGGGCAAACGGCACAGGAGGGACACACGGCACAGAAGGGCACACGCCUCCUCGCCUUUGUCGCCCGCCUCCUCGCCGGUUUCUUUUCUUUUGCCUUACCAUCCCCGUCCUUCUCCCUCGUUGCCCACCUGCUUCUCUCUCUCCCCCCCGACAGCUCACCAAGAUGUUCUUUCUCUUCCCCGACCCGCACUUCAUUCAUUGUCUUGUCUCCUUUCGUCUCACCCUCUCUCCCACCUCUCUCCUUUCGUCUCACCCUCUCUCCCACCUCUCUCCUUUCAUCUCACCCUCUCUCCCACCUCUCUCCUUUCGUCUCACCCUCUCUCCCACCUCUCUCCUUUCAUCUCAUCCUCUCUCCCACCUCUCUCCUUUCGUCUCACCCCCUCUCUCCCACCUCUCUCCUUUCGUCUCACCCUCUCUCCCACCUCUCUCCUUUCGUCUCACCCUCUCUCCUUUCGUCUCACCCUCUCUCCCACCUCUCUCCUUUCAUCUCACCCUCUCUCCCACCUCUCUCCUUUCGUCUCACCCUCUCUCCCACCUCUCUCCUUUCAUCUCACCCUCUCUCCCACCUCUCUCCUUUCGUCUCACCCUCUCUCCCGCCUCUCUCCUUUCGUCUCACCCUCUCUCCCACCUCUCUCCUUUCAUCUCACCCUCUCUCCCACCUCUCUCCUUUCGUCUCACCCUCUCUCCCACCUCUCUCCUUUCAUCUCACCCUCUCUCCCACCUCUCUCCUUUCGUCUCACCCUCUCUCCCACCUCUCUCCUUUCGUCUCACCCUCUCUCCCACCUCUCUCCUUUCGUCUCACCCUCUCUCCCACCUCUCUCCUUUCAUCUCACCCUCUCUCCCACCUCUCUCCUUUCGUCUCACCCUCUCUCCCACCUCUCUCCUUUCAUCUCACCCUCUCUCCCGCCUCUCUCCUUUCGUCUCACCCUCUCUCCCACCUCUCUCCUUUCGUCUCACCCUCUCUCCCACCUCUCUCCUUUCGUCUCACCCUCUCUCCCACCUCUCUCCUUUCAUCUCACCCUCUCUCCCGCCUCUCUCCUUUCGUCUCACCCUCUCUCCCACCUCUCUCCUUUCGUCUCACCCUCUCCACCUCUCUCCCACCUUCUCCUUUCGUCUCACCCUCUCUCCCACCUCUCUCCUUUCGUCUCACCCUCUCUCCCACCUCUCUCCUUUCGUCUCACCCUCUCUCCCGCCUCUCUCCUUUCGUCUCACCCUCUCUCCCACCUCUCUCCUUUCGUCUCACCCUCUCUCUCCCGCCUCUCUCCUUUCGUCUCACCCUCUCUCCCACCUCUCUCCUUUCGUCUCACCCUCUCCUCUCCACCUCUCUCCUUUCAUCUCACCCUCUCUCCCACCUCUCUCCUUUCGUCUCACCCUCUCUCCCACCUCUCUCCUUUCGUCUCACCCUCUCUCCCACCUCUCUCCUUUCGUCGUCUCACCCUCUCUCCCACCUCUCUCCUUUCAUCUCACCCUCUCUCCCACCUCUCUCCUUUCGUCUCACCCUCUCUCCCACCUCUCUCCUUUCGUCUCACCCUCUCUCCCACCUCUCUCCUUUCAUCUCACCCCCUCUCCCACCUCUCUCCUUUCAUCUCACCCUCUCUCCCACCUCUCUCCUUUCGUCUCACCCUCUCUCCCACCUCUCUCCUUUCGUCUCACACCCUCUCUCCCACCUCUCUCCUUUCAUCUCACCCUCUCUCCCACCUCUCUCCUUUCAUCUCACCCUCUCUCCCACCUCUCUCCUUUCGUCUCACCCUCUCUCCCGCCUCUCUCCUUUCGUCUCACCCUCUCUCCCACCUCUCUCCUUUCGUCUCACCCUCUCUCCCACCUCUCUCCUUUCAUCUCACCCUCUCUCCCACCUCUCUCCUUUCGUCUCACCCUCUCUCCCGCCUCUCUCCUUUCGUCUCACCCUCUCUCCCACCUCUCUCCUUUCGUCUCACCCUCUCUCCCACCUCUCUCCUCUUCAUCUCACCCUCUCUCCCACCUCUCUCCUUUCAUCUCACCCUCUCUCCCACCUCUCUCCUUUCGUCUCACCCUCUCUCCCACCUCUCUCCUUUCGUCUCCCGCCUCUCUCCUUUCGUCCCGCACUCUAAGGAGAACCACCGCCUGCCUCGCUGAGGUCACACUGGAGAGGUGA